CUGUUUGUUUGUUUGUUUUUCUGUUAGCUAACGUUCAGUCAGUAUGCCGGGCACAGCAGGGAGAGGUGAUUUGCCGCCGACCAAGACAAUAACUGUCUACAGGAACGGAGACGCUUUCUUUCCCGGAAGAAAAAUAGUGGUAAAUUUGCGGCAUUUGACGACCUUUGACCAUCUGUUGACCUUCCUGACCAGACUGAUCGAGGCUCCUUUCGGCGCCGUCAGAAGGCUGUACACUCCCAGAGAGGGCCACAGGGUUCAGCACCUGAACGACCUGAAGCACGGGAGUGUGUAUGUUGCAGCCGGAAAUGAGCAGUUCAAAAGGCUGGACUAUUGUGCGAUAACGAACAAGAAGCCACAGACUAAGAAAAGAGAACAGAUCCGACCUGUUGUUCACAGCAGAAUACUAGUUUCUGCUCGCUGGAAGAGAACUGUGGAUGAGUCCUGCACAAUAAAUGUCUUGACCAAUGGAGAAAUCUUGGUUCCUCCAGCUCGAAUACGGAUCCCAAAGCAUACUCUCAGAAGCUGGGAAAAUGUUUUAGCCAUGGUGACAGAGAAAGUGCGACUGCGCACUGGUGCUGUGUUCAGGCUUUGCACGUUAGAUGGACGUCCUCUCUCCGGCCCCAGUGAACUGGAGAACAACCAGUACUACGUCGCAGUUGGUGCAGACAAGUUUAAAGAUCUCCCAUAUGAUCGCUGCAGGCCCUACAGGGAUUUAAUUAGGGAAAACAACAUCAUCAAAGGGUAUGACACCUGUGAUUUCAACCAAGACAUCCUGCCUGCUAUUAGAAAGACAAGACAUCCAAAGGAUGCGUUUGCUCACACAGGCUUUAGAGAGGACCUUGAGCACACAGCCAGGGGCCAGAUGAAGAAACAAGCCAAACCGGAGAGAACCAAACAACAGAGGCAGGUGUCCAGAAACCCAGUUCUCUUCUCGACGGGGGAGGGCAGCGUGUUCAAUGCGCAAAACAAAAGGAGUGAGAUGGCAGGAGCGGCGGAGGUGCAGGAAGACGGCCAGUUGAAGGUGGACCUGCCUAUUGAUCAGGUCGAGGCCAAGAUAGUUGACGAGGAGUACAAGGAUGGGAGUUGUUCUGCGAGUCCCUGCAAGGCCUCCCUCCAUGAUUCAGACAGCUUGUGUCUGCAGAGGUCUUUGUCUGCAGGUUCCAGGAAGGAUUUGGAGUUCACACCUGAUGCAUUCUGUCCCGGUGUACACAUGAACAUUGGAUCACCUUUUCCAGUGGACGCAACACACUAAUCAAGGAAACUGGACUUUGGAGUCAAUACUCAGAUCCAGGCCUGGGUCCAUGGUGUGAAGACCCCCUUUAAUUCUUAUGGUGCAACAACUCCUGAGAGAAAGAUGUACGUCUAUAGCUGCCAUAUCGUCUAUCCAUUGUUUUAACUUAUUAGUACUUGCACUGUUGCUUUAUUAUUGUUGCUGUUUUGUUGUUAUAUAAUUGUUACAAUGAAUAAAUAAGAAAUACAGAACCGUUAACAGUAAUGAUGCUUCUGCUGCACAAGCCAGAGACGAAUA